GAAGACCGUCUUAUAAUUUGUUAUCUGUGUAUAAACCUGACUGUUGUACUGACACGAGUCAUCUACGAGCCUCCGGGAGGAGUUUAUCCAAUCAUAAUGCUCCGCAGAGGUGCCAAUCGUGUGAAGCUCGGAACUAUUAUCCACAUCCAUACGCAUCCCAUAAAACCUGAGGUCCACAGGGAGCUAUUCCAGGAGGCAAAAGAACUCAUAGAGGAGGAAAAGCGGGUCACAGCAGAAGGGGGUGACCCACAUGAAAUGAACAUUGAUAAAAAUCUUUUCAAGGCAUUUUUGCUAGAAACUCCGGACUCCAAACGGGACAAUAAAAACCCUGCAAAAGUAGCCACCGUUAUCAUGGCAGCCAAUGCAUUCCAGCGGAAAAAGAAAUCUGUCAGUUGUGUGUUGCUAUGACAAUGAGCUUGAUAGAUGACAGGUCCUUAAGUGCAUUAAUUAGAUUGACCCAUUGUUGAUUAAGGAUUUUUUUGUACAAAACAGGGUAAACAUUUCUCAGCUUUAAUCUAUAGAGCUGUUUAUAAGCAAAGAAACAGAUUUGUGAUGUGAAUACUGUAAAAUGUGAAAAUUUAC